AUGGAAUCAAGUGACGGAUCAGCGGCAAUAGAUCGGCGUCGAGAGAUUGAAGAAGAUGAUGAAAUUAUCAACCAAAAAUGUGAACAGUUAGCUGAAUUAAUGAAGAAUUCGAAAUGUACAAUGGUAUAUACUGGUGCAGGGAUUAGCACGGCUGCUUCUAUACCCGAUUAUCGAGGACCGAAUGGAGUAUGGACUCUUGCCGAAAAAGGAAUUACUUUAACCAAUAGGUGUGGUGAUCCAGUAUUAUCUUGUCCAACAACUAGCCAUAUGAUCUUGAAAGAAAUGUGUCGCCAUGGUAUCGUUCAACAUAUUGUUUCACAAAAUUGUGACGGACUUCAUCUGCGAUCAGGUGUGCCUCAAAAAAUGCUGUCCGAAAUUCAUGGUAAUAUGCAUAUUGAAGUUUGUGCACGAUGUGAUCCUCCACGACAGUUUAUUAGGCCUUUCGAUGUCACUCAAAAUAGUCAGUUUAGAAAUCAUGGUACAGGUCGAGUCUGUGAUGUAUGUUAUUCAGAGUUAGUUGAUACUAUUGUGCAUUUCGGUGAAUCAGGAAACUUGCCUUGGCCACUAAAUUGGAAAGGCGCGCUUUCAUUAUUGGACAAAUGUGAUCUCAUACUUUGCAUAGGCAGCAGUCUUGCUGUUUUAAAGCAUUAUCAAUUUCUUUGGCCAAAACCUAGAAGUACCACUCAGGCUAGUUUAUUUUUUGUUAAUAUAUUGAAAAAGCUUGGUGUUGUUCAUUGUUGUUCAUUUAUCAUUGCCAUUCUUGUUGCAAUCGUAAAUUUACAAUGGACACCAAAGGAUCGCAUUGCUUGUUUAAAAAUUAAUGCAAAAAGUGACAGAGUACUCGAGAAAAUCGCUGUGUUGCUUGAAAUUCCAAUUACUAAGUACUGCCGGAAUUGUGAUCUUCUACUGCAUCCUCGACGCAAUGUAAGAAUAAAUGAAUUGCGUGAUAAAAUUACUGAUUGUGCCUGUCAUAAACAUUCCCGUGCUCGGUCAUCAACUGAACAAAUUUCAAAUUCAAAUGGAACUCCGGGGUGGUGGUCUGUGGGAAUUAAGACAAUCAAAAACUCAUUUCAUACGCGUUUGCGGAAGAAACAUAAAUCUUCUAAUCAAAAAAAUUACGAGACUGAAUCUGAAGAUGAAAAUAGACAUUUAAACACAUGGCUUCCAGAAAAACCAGGUACUGAAAAGCACAGAUCAGUAUCCACUGCAUACAUAAUACAAAGUGACAGAAUUGCAUUGUGGCAUAAUACCGAAGAAAUUCGUGGCUUUAAAAAGAAAGCUAAUGAUGAUAACGUUUAUCCGUUCGAAAAAAAUAAUAAUUUUCAUGUUGAAUUAACCAAAAUUCAACAAGGUUCAGUAAGAACAGGAAGCGAUGAAAUUUUUAUUUCGGAAACAAGCCUAUUUCUCAAUAACACGACUAGAAUUGAAUGGGAUACCAAUAAUAAUUCUUUAAUGGAUGGUGAUAUUCACGAUGUCGUUGAAUUUUAUCAAAACACCUUGAAUUUCAGGCAACAACAAGUCGAAAAAGUGAAAAUGCGUUUUGUUUCGUAA